UGAUAAAAAUCUUCAAUCUCACAACUCACUCUCUUUUCUCUAUCUCACAUUGCAUGUGCAAUACCUCAUAAUUUCCUGCUGGCUUUCUCUCUAAAAAAAACAUCACUACUCUGCUAUCUUGCAGAUCUGUCUAUCUCUGCAUGAUCCCCAUGUUCCAUAACAUCAACUCAAACACUCAUUCUCCUUAAUUUCCACACCCAUUCUUUCACAACUUUUUGUGUGUGAAUUUUCUUACCUUUUUUGCAGUAUGGAUCCUCUUACACAUCUUGAAUAUGCUCUGUUUCAACUUACACCAACUAGAACAAGAUGUGAUCUCUUGCUCGUCUCUGGAAGCAACAAAGAGAAAUUAGCAUCUGGAUUGGUAGAACCAUUCAUUUCUCACUUAAAAUUCUUUAAAGAUCAGAUUUCAAAAGGGGGUUAUUCGAUCACUCUUCGUCCGCCCAACACUGGUGGUUUCUGGUUCACAAAAUCCACAUUCCAAAGGCUUGUGCGCUUCAUAAACUCACCUGAAGUUCUUGAAAGAUUUAUAAGAUUAGAACGAGAAAUUUUGCAGAUCGAGAAUUCUGUUCAAAGUAAUGAAGGUGAAGAACCCGGUGGCGAAGCAGGAAGUUUAUCAUCUGAUGGAAGCACGAAGAAGUCAGCAGAUCCUUCCAAGACCAAAGCUGGAGAAGCUGGUGAUAAUGUACAAGAAGAAAACUCCAAAAUUCAACUUCAACGGUUAUUGGAAACACGAAAAGCAAUGCUCCGGAAAGAACAAGCAAUGGCUUAUGCCCGUGCACUUGUAGCUGGAUUUGAAACUGAAAACAUGAAUGAUCUGAUAUUGUUUGCUGAUGCUUUUGGAGCCUCACGUUUAAGGGAAGCAUGCAUAGAAUUCAAAGAUUUAUGCAAGAAGAAGCACAAUGAUGGUCUAUGGAUGGAUGAAUUAGCAGCAAUGGCAGCAUACCCCCCUUCAGAACUAGCUUACUCUGGUACCGGUGGAUUAUUGAUUGCAACCGAAAGUAAUGCUUCAACACUAAACAACGAUUUCAUUGAUGCAGAAGGAGACAAAAAUAACACAGAUCAGGUAUCGUCUACUCCUUCAAAUGUACAGAUGCAGAUGCCAUGGCCAAACCAGAUGCCUCCCUAUAUGUACAACUUUCCAGGCCCACAAGGACAACGUUAUCCUUAUCCAUACCCUGGUAUGGGCCCGUAUUAUCCAGCCCAUAUGAGUUGGCCUGCAAAUCCUGACGAUUCUAGUCAUGGCCGCCACCAUAGAUCAUCAUCAAAAAAGAAGUCAAAAUCUCCAUUACCUGAAUCCUCAGAUGAAGAGGAAGAUGAGAGCAAUGACGAUACUGAGUCUGAUUCUGUUAGUGAAACAGGAACAGUCUCAAAGCACGAAAAGACAACCAGGAAGAACAAAAAGAAGUCUUCGAAGACUGUUGUUAUACGCAACAUUAACUAUAUUACUUCUAAUCGAAAGAAUUCUGAUGGAGGAAGUGAUGACUCUGCCGAAGAUGAAGUUGAUGGUGUUCUAGAGUCUUUGGUGAAGCAUCAUAGCAAAUCUUCGAAAUCACAUGAAAAGAAGAAAAAAGGUGCGGAUUUGGACAACGAAUCUGGAAAACGAAAUGAAAACUGGGAUGCAUUUCAAAAUCUACUCUUGAAAGAAGAUGUUCAAGAUGAUCAUUUCACAAUCAGAAAUGAAGCUAUGGACAUGGGGUCGGAGAACUAUGUGAAAAAUCAACCAAAAACGAGGACUAAUGACUCAUUUGUGGUUCCUGACAGAAACGGAGGCUAUGAAUCAAGAAAUGUCAACUCUCAAGAUUUUGAAAAUGGUGAGACUUUUAGGAUGAAAGGAAGGGAUUAUUCGGACACUGAUAUGGUAAUUUCACAAAGAUAUGGAGAAGGAACGGAUAUAAUGACAGGCUCUCGGGAUCUUGGAUCGGAAUCUUCUAUGAUUAGAAACAAAAGGGAAGAAGACUGGUUUGUGGUCAAGAAUUCUGAAAGUCAAAGUUCAAAAUCAGCAUUCACUGAUGACUAUGUUACAAUGCAAGGUGACGUUCUUUCAUCUGAAAUAAACAAAAAGGCUGUGCCUGUCGAUGAUUCUUUCAUGGUACAACCACAAUCAACAGCUCCAUAUGAGUCAGAAUGGCGGUCAGCAGAUGUUAGCAUGAUCGAGAGUGUGAAUAAACCCGAUGAUAAUGAGCCUACUCAGGGGGCACAAACGGGCUUCUAUGAGCCAGAUGACCUCUAUUUGAUGGUCCCACGUGAUUCUGGGGUUGAGCCACCAGUUAGGUCCUCGUGGACCCCAGAAAUGGAUUAUGGAGCCGAAAUUUUCACAAAGUCUGAACCCAAGCCAGCUCCUGUUGAGACAAAAGAGCAAGCCGAGGAGUCUCCUGUCAAACCUAAAAUGAAGAAAGUGGCAAAAGCUCGACCUUUGUCAAGAUCUCUCCCAACUGACAAGAGGUUACCAUUUGUGAGUCGGCCAGUCGUUCACAAGAGCAAAAGGGAACAGGAAGAUGAGAUUCGAAAGAGAGUGGAAGAAUUGGCGGCAGAACGUCAAAGGAGAAUUGCUGAAAGAACUGCAGCAAGUGGUGGUUCUGUCUCUGCUAAAAAGCCAGUUAACAAAACGGGCAUUUCCAGUCCACUUAAGAAAACCAAUCCAAAGUGAACAGGGCUGUAACAUGGUCAUUAAAGGUUUACAUACAGGAGAAUUCACAAGCACCCUACAGCCACAUAGAUGAUUGAUGUUAUGGAGUAGUUAGUUUGUGUUGUGUUAUAGUUGUGAGCUAGUGUAUUAUACAUUCACGCAUCCAGAGAGGAACAAAAAAAAAAAAAAGGUGGGUGGGGGGGUUCUCUAAGGUAAUUUUUGUGUUUGGGAAUAAUUAUUUGUAUCAUUGUAUGUAUAAUGUAUAUUUAUAUUAUUUUUGUAAUAAAUAUUUGAUGGUUGUGUCACGUUAUAGGAUUA